UCGGAAAUGUUGAUGUUUACGCACAGGAGUUGAAUUUCUAUUCAUUUUGCUGUCAACUCAAUACCAUCUGUUGAGGCGUACAACCAGGAACUUAGAAAGUGAUCGAAAUGCAUGAUUCUAGUUUCAGAAUCGAUCUUUAUACACUAGUAACAAAAAUGAAACUGGAAACAAGAUAACUUUUAGUUUGACGACAAGAACAAGACUCGACAGCUAUGGCUGAAGGAGGCUUUGACUUGAGGCAGAAUUUUAACUUUUCUGACUCUGACAGCGAAGGAGAGGAAGAUAGAAUGGCUCGUGAAGUAAGGGAAAGGCUUUUCGUGUUCGGUCUGGAUGGGGAUAUCAGCCCUGAACGAAAAGACUCGUUAGAAGUAGGUUUACAAUCUUCUCAAAACAGAGAAAACGACGAAGCUGAAACGACAAGAAAUGUUUCAAGUGCAGACCACUCUUCAAGUUCCAAUCAAACUUCCAGUUGUCCAGCACUUUAUGAUAACAUCACAACGAGGAGAAGAUCAAGAACGUUCUCAUUUGGUCGAUUAGUAAGACGACUCAGUCGCAACCGAAGAAGAACGGCAAUGGAUGAUGCGUACAGAGAAAUUGAAAUUGGUUCAGUCGGCGGAAGGAUGCUUACAGCUGGCUUAGAAAUCGCGCAAAAUUCUCCUUCAAAUCAGAAUGAGACAUACAGGGAACGUUUAGGCGAUAGAAGAAUACGACAAAGGCCACAAAGUACUGUCGUCUUGCGUCCCAGAACUUCUACUGACGUAAGUGACAGACGAAACAGAAGGCCAAACUCAUUUAUUGGUAGAGUUUGCAAGUUGUUUGAUUCUAGUAAUGCUGAGGACAUAAGAGAAACCCCGCCGGGACCUAGUUUAAAUGCAGAAAGCACCUCAGCUGAUAGUACCGCUAUGAUAGAUCCAGGAACACCAACGAUAAGAUUCCCAAUUGGAGUUAAUGAACUUGUUGCAAUAAGAAGAGAAAGAGCGAGAUUGAGGGUUGAGCAAACUCGAAUAGAGUAUCACAUUAUUCCAGACAUCUUAGAUAUCACUAACUGUCCUUGGUACUGGGGGAAAAUCAAUCGUUUUGAAGCAGAAAGGGUGCUUGAAGGCCAAUCUGAUGGAACCUUUCUUCUGCGUGACAGUGCACAACACCAUUACUUGUUUUCUGUCAGUUUUAGAAGAUAUUUCCGUACUUAUCAUGCCCGUAUUGAACAAUGGAAACACAACUACAGCUUUGAUAAACCAAGUGAUUUUUCAUUUCGUUCAAGAAAUCUGUGUGACCUGUUAGAACACUAUUCACAAGCUGAACAGUGUAUGUACUAUGAGCCUUUGUUGCUUCAUCCCUUUCCAAGGAAGUCAGUCAUGUCCUUACAGCAUUUGUGCCGUGCAAUUAUUUGUAACCAAACCACCUUCCAAGCAGUUGAAGAAUUACCAUUGCCYAAAUCUCUGAAGCUGUAUCUGAGGGAGUACCAUUACAAAGUKGCUGUCAAAAAGAUGGAAGACAAAGGAACCCAGACAGUACCWUGCAGGAAAAUUUUUGGGAUAUACAGGAGUUAAGUUAUCGGCAAAUCUACAAUGAAAUUUAAUGAAUGUAACAAGGACAUGAAAUCUGCAUCAUGAUUAGACAAGUUUGACAUUGUUAAAAUGCAUACACAGAAUCCGUUCCARCAAGUAAACUUAGGUAGACACAUUAAAGUUAAACAAUUAAAAUAUUUCACCCUUUUUCUUUUUAAAAAAACAAGAUCCUUUCCAUAAUAAAUUGAAAGUCAAAGAAAUGAGUAAUAAUCUCAUAAAUUGGCAUCUGAAUUUUUUUUUACUGGAAGACUGCAAAACUAYYAUAGUGGUCUAAAAAUUAUGAAAUUAUUGYUKAACCCAAAUAUUUUGAGUUCAGACUUUACAAAGAGGGCUUUAACGUGAUAAGCUGGGGCACCAUUUGCAUGAUACAGCUAUCAUUUGACUGUGAACUACCAGAAUGUUCUAUGUAUUGUACUACUAAAGAGAUAGCAAUAUUACAAUACAAAAGAACAAAGCAUUCUGAAAGAUUCAGUAUAUGAUAACUUCAUGCAAACACMAUUAUACUCAUUUAGGCACCAAUAUAGGUUUUGUAGGGUAUUAUUGUUUCACAGACACCUUUGAUUUUGAUCUAAGACUGAUAAGUUCCUCAGAACAACCCAAAAUGCUGGUAGAAAAUCUAAAAGUGUGUUACUGUUUGAUACCAUAGUGUUUGGAAAAUGUAACACUAAAUAAGAACUAGUUAUUGUUCUUCAAUGUUAGAUGUAACAUGAGUUUUAUCAUGGUUUCAGAUUAUACACAUUGUAGUAUUUGUACAAAUAUUUUCCAUCAUAUGGCUCUCUUACUUGGAGUUUUAUAAAUAUUGAAAUACAUCAACCUUGAACAGGGUACAUAUAAUGCUCUUUAAUGWAUGAUCUCCAAAAUAGGGGGACAUUUCUACGACCAGAUAUUCAUUUUUUUACAAGUAUCAUUCAGAAAUCAAUACUGCAUAUGCCAAAAUUGUAAAAUUCCAAGUUUGAGGUCCUUUAUAAAAAGAUAUUCAACAUAAGAAUUUUAGCACAAUCAAACAAAGUAUUAUAAUAUUAAAACACAUGAAGUAGAUAUAAUAAA